AUGUCCACCUCGGGAAUCGGGUGGGUGUUUUGGAUACGAAGAUAUCUGGAUAACCUGGUUGGUAAAAUUUGGAUUAAACGUGUUCCAAGAGAAAUUCCGGAGUCCGAGGACACCAAAGUCUCCACCACUUGCCCCAUCAACCACCAUGGCCUGUCUCGAGUCCCGUAUAUUGGGCAGGCUGAGAAUGUUCCCACCGACUUCUUAACUAUUGCCGCAAUGUGA